UCUUCCUUCCUUUUCCUCUUCUCCUCUCUUUCCUCCUCGUGUUUCUUUCCCCUCUUCCAUCUCGUGUUGAUCUUACCUAUUUGAUUGUUGGUACGAUCACCUUCAAGAAUUAAAUUCCUACUUCAUAUAGACAGAGUUUAAUAUAAUACCGCAAUCAUGGGCUACAGCGACGUUGAUCAAUUGGCUAUCAACACCAUCCGUCUGUUGGCGGUUGAUGCCACCUUCAAGGCCAACUCCGGUCACCCCGGUGCCCCCAUGGGCAUGGCCCCCGUGUCUCACGUUCUCUUCAACAAGUUCAUGACCUUCAACCCCCAGAACCCCGACUUCCCCAACCGUGAUCGCUUUGUUCUCUCCAACGGCCACGGCUGCAUGCUCCAAUAUGCUCUCCUUCACUUGUUCGGCUACAAGGUCUCUAUGGAUGACCUGAAGAACUUCAGACAAAUCGACAGCAUCACCCCUGGUCACCCCGAGGCCCACGACACCCCCGGUAUCGAGGUCACCACUGGCCCUCUGGGUCAGGGUUUUGCCAACGCUGUUGGUUUGGCCAUUGCCCAGAAGCACUCCGCUGGUGUCUUCAACAAGCCCGGCUACGAGCUGUUCAACAACCACACCUUCUGCUUCUUCGGUGAUGGCUGCGCUAUGGAGGGUAUUGCCAGCGAGGCUGCCUCGAUGGCUGGUCACUUGAAGCUUGGCAACCUGAUUGCCAUCUACGAUGACAACCACAUCUCCAUCGAUGGUGACACCAAGUGCGCCUUCACUGAGGACGUUACCAAGCGUUUCGAGGCCUACGGAUGGCACACCGUCUGGGUCAAGGACGGUGACAACGACCUUGAUGCCAUUGAGGCUGCCAUCCGCGAAGCCAAGAGCGUCACCGACAAGCCCUCCGUCAUCCGUUUGACCACUACCAUUGGUUUCGGCUCCAAGCUCCAGGGUACCGGCGGUGUCCACGGCAACCCCUUGAAGGCUGACGACAUCGAGAGUGUCAAGCAGCGUUUCGGCUUCGACCCCAAGCAGACCUUCGUCGUUCCCCAGGAAGUCUAUGACCUCUACCACAAGCACGCCGCUGAGGGCGCCGCCGCGGAGCAGGAGUGGAACAAGCUUCUCGAGAAGUAUGCUUCCGAGUACAAGUCCGAGCACGCUGAGCUCACCCGCCGUCUCUCCGGCAAGCUUGCCGAGGGCUGGGAGAAGAGCCUGCCCACCUACAAGCCCUCCGACCCUGCCGUGGCUACCCGUAAGCUCUCCGAGGCUGUCCUCGAGAAGAUCCACGACGUUGUUCCCGAGCUCCUGUCUGGCUCUGCCGACUUGACUGGCUCCAACAACACUCGCUGGAAGAACGCUGUCGACUUCCAGCCCCCUGAGUACAACAUCGGUGACUGGUCCGGUCGUUACCUCCGCUACGGUGUCCGUGAGCACGCCAUGGCUGCUGUCAUGAACGGUCUCGCUGCCUACGGCACUGUCAUCCCCGCCGGUGGUACCUUCCUCAACUUCGUCUCCUACGCCGCCGGUGCCGUCCGCCUCUCUGCCCUCUCUCGCGUUCGCGCCAUCCACGUCGCUACCCACGACUCCAUCGGUCUGGGUGAGGACGGCCCCACUCACCAGCCUAUCGAGACUCUUGCCCACUUCCGUGCUCUGCCCAACUGCAUGGUCUGGCGCCCGGCUGAUGGUAACGAGACCAGCGCUGCCUACUACUCUGCCCUGACCGCCAAGCACACCCCCAGCAUUCUGGCUCUCACCCGUCAGAACCUGCCCCACCUCGAGAACUCUACCAUUGAGAACGCCCUCAAGGGUGCUUACGUUGCCGUCGACGCUCCCGACGCUGCCGUCACCCUCAUCUCCACUGGUUCUGAGGUCAGCAUCUGUAUCGAGGCUGCCACCUACCUCAAGGAGAAGCACGGCAUUGCCGCCCGUGUCGUCUCCGUUCCCUGCUUCGAGGUCUUCGACGCCCAGGACAAGUCCUACAGACUCCAGGUCCUUCCCGAUGGUAUUCCCAUCCUCUCCGUCGAGGCUCUCACCACCAUGGGUUGGGAGCGCUACUCUCACGAGCAGUUCGGUCUCAACCGCUUCGGUGCCUCUGGUCCUUACAAGGAGGUCUACGCCAAAUUCGAGUUCACUCCUGAGGGCAUCAGCAAGCGCGCCAUCGCCACCAUUGACUUCUACAAGGGUCACAAGGUGCGCUCGCCCAUUAACCGUGCUUUCCAGCAGAUUCUGUAGACGUCUUGUUUUAGCGACGUGAUGACUUGUUACCUAUAUUUUCAUGUUUAUGGUUCUUAUGGACGAUGUUGAUCCUAGGGCCUAGAUGGCCCCUCAGGAGAAGUCCUAUUUAACGAAUGUCGUUUUAAGAUAAAAUGCACGAUUUUCUAUUUUGGUU